CCAAAGACACUCAUGGACUUACCUCAAGUGUUGUCAUCCCUCAUUCAUCACACACAGAACUAGAAACCACAGCUUCUUCAACACAACACAGAGAGGGAGAGAGGGAGCAAAACAUAGACACAAAGAGGGAUGGGUAACUACAGGUUCAAAUUAUCAGACAUGAUCCCCAAUGCCUGGUUUUACAAACUCAAGGACAUGGGAAAACCAAAAAAGCAAACCCCAUCUCAGUCCAAGAAGAAAAAACAACCUUCACCAGCCUCAACCACACCACCAUCAAAACCAAAGCAAUCCCACCAAUUCAAUCCCAGAAAAUCUUACUACUUCACAAGGGAGCUUAACCCAAAUGAUAGAAUCUAUACCUCACCAGCAAAUAACCAAAAUGCCAAAUUCAGCAAUUCCCCUGAAGCCCCCAGAAAAUCAUCCAAACAAAGACUCAAGAGAAGAACUGCAAGGACUUCUUCACCUAAGCUUGCUGUUGCUGCUAACAAUGACAACUCCUCGUCACCACAUGAUAGCUCUGCUGAAUCAGAGCACCCUGACCCAGAAUUCAGAACAGAUCGUGUUCUUGCCACUGAAGCAUUAGAUCAAACGGUUUCUUGGUCCAACUCUUUCGCCUGCAAGGUACACUCCAACGCCAAGGACAUCAUCAUUGAUGUAGACAACAGUUCCACAGAGAGAAAAGACGAUAAGCUAGAAGGGUAUGAAUAUGAUUCCUUCUCGGACCUCGUGCUCCCACCAAUUGUGACCAAGCCUGCAAAAUUCGAUGACUUGCUGAGUGAUGCCAAGAAGAAAGAAACCAAAAUGGAUGAUGCCCCAGAAGAGCCAAACCUGAAGGGACCUCUAAGAGUUAAAAUUGUGAAGGAAGGCACUGCACCAAUGAAGGAACAUAAGAGCACCCCUGUUAGGAGAUUCUCUGUGAGCUCUUCUCCAGGAGUGAAGCUUCGGAUGAACUCGCCGCGAAUUGGCAGCCGGAAAACUCAGACACAUGGCCGGAGGAGUGUGUCGUCCGCCGCUGGCUCCGGCUCCCGGAGAAGCCUUUCGGAUAGCUUUGCAAUUGUGAAGUCAUCACUGAAUCCUCAGAGGGACUUCAGAGAAUCAAUGGUGGAGAUGAUUGUGCAGAACAACAUAAGGACAUCAAAGGAUUUAGAGGAUCUUCUUGCUUGCUAUCUUUCUCUUAAUUCAGAUGAGUAUCAUGACCUCAUUAUCAAAGUGUUCAAGCAAAUAUGGUUUGAUUUAACUGAUAAUUAGUGGAAGAACAAGUAACCAAUUGAGAUUUGAGACCAUUCUAAACGAGUUUCUCAAGUUUCUGUUUCUCACACAAUGUAUGUUCACAUGUAAGUAAUAUUAAUAUCUUGGUUAAGUUUAAUGUAUAAAUCUUACUCCUUAGUCCAUAUUUAAGGGUGACACUAUCCAAAACGAAGUUCGAUGCAGAAAUCAAGAGCAAAAACUGCAUGCACCUUCUCAGUGGUUUUGUCAUGGAAUUGAUCCAUGGAAUGAAAUUUACAUUGCUAAACAAUGCAGAAAAGUAAAUGGGAUUUGAGGCAAUUUUGUUAACUAGGAAAUAGUUGAGUUAAUUUAUACAUGAACUGCAGAGUUCAGUUGCAUAUGACUCCGCAAUAGUGUGGAAUUGGCAUGCAAACGUGUAAAAUGGUUUUUGAGCACUAGCUUCAUUUGGAAUUGUAGACCAUUUUCUUUGAGUUUAGACAGGCAAAAAAAGUUUGCCACAAACGGGUGAUUGUAUUGUUUAGCUUUCUGUCAUCUUCCUCAAGAAAAAACUUGGAGCAUAAACUUUGCUUCUGAAUUUUGGUACCUGCAUGGACCCAAAGUUGUUUGAGAACAAGACAUAACUGGCACAAAGUUGUAUAAAU